AGAAAAUAAAAAAUUGGAGCUUGGACUGAAAUUUUUAACAAUUGAUAUUAAAUUUAUGAUUCAAUUCUUUACGUGUUCAGUGCAAAAUCUACGACAUAUUUCUCGAUCUGCAAUGUCGGUUUGAAAACAUAUGGACUUUGAGCACAUUAAUACUGGAUUUCUGGCUAUGGAAUAGUACUCAAAUGGCAGACAACUCCGAGAGGAAUAUUUGGGACGCGCUAGGAGGCUCCGAUGGUGCGUCAAAUGGGCAUAGAUCGAUGGGAAAUAGGUCUGCUGAUGAUGGCCAGGAUCUAAAGGGAGAAAACGAGGUUCAGCCUGGUAGUAAUCGAAUCGAUAGACAGACUGGCGACCAACACGGUAAUAGGUUUGAGUCGAUGAGCGGUGCUAGCAAGCCUAAUAGAAGAGAAAGUUCUUAUAUAGGUGACACGCCACAUAGGGAACCUUCACAUAAAGGAGACACGCCCCAUAUAGGUGACACGACGCAUAGAAGUGAACCACCCAAAGUACGAGAUGGUCGAAGUCCUAUUGUAGACGUUGCAUCGUUUUCUGGGUCGCGAGAGAUGAUGACGUCAGGACUACAAGGGAAUCAACCGUAUCACCCAGCGUACAUAUCACCCCAUCAAUCUAGUGUGUCACCACAUCAACACAACGUGUCUCCACGUCAUAGAGAGGUGUCACCACGUCAUAGAGAAGUGUCACCUCGCCAUAAAGAAGUGUCACCUCGUCAUAGGGAUUUGUCACCACGUCAAAUAGAAAUACCAGGCCGCCAUAAUGUCCUGUCACCACGUCAUAUGGAGAUGUCGCCAUAUCAAAUGGAGAGAUCACCGCAUCAUAGAGCCAUGUCACCACGUUAUACAGACACACCAACUCACCAUAGAGACAUGUCAACGCAUCAUAGAGACACGUCUUCAAUUUACAGAGCUCAAAAUAUAUUCGAUAGAUUUCAAAGCGUCCCACCUGCGUCGCAUACCAUGCUACAGUCGGAUGCUCCAUUGGAUCUCUCCAACGUACAGCAUGGUAGAGACAAUGAAUCUCCAGACAGAGACAUGCAGUACAAUAUGACAUAUAAGAGCUCAAGGACUAGUGACAGUCCAUUGGAUUUAUCUUGUAAGACUAGAAAACGAAGUGCCGAUACAACGGAUGGAAAUGCGUCUGACGAUGACGUCAUAUGCGUUGGGGUAUCACCUCCAAAUAAGAAACCCCAUUCAGAGGCUAAACGCCAGAACUGUGAAUCAUUCCGAAGUACUUCAGUUCGAGAACGAUUUGUUGGAAAUAACCCAUUUGCUCAGGUACAAGAGGGCUACAUGGGACCUCUUACUCAAGCCCACUAUGGUACUACGGUUUCAAACAGUACUAAAAAUCAGAUAAGUGAUACGGGCGGCUUUACGAGUGGAUACUCCUCUAGUAAGGUAACAAGACCUGAUAGGUAUUUCAGAACGGGAAAUGUUGACGACAAAGCACAUACAUCACAGCCAUUAAGAAACUUUAAUCACCAAGGAGUGCACAGUAUAGCAGCUUCAAAAGGAUUCCACCACGGCCAAAAAGUAGAUAAAUAUAAAUCUCAUAAAAGCUCAAAUCCUUGGAAUGUUCCUUUAGGACCCUCUUCUGCUAGCAAAGCGCAGCUGUCACCUGCCUAUAUGACCCCAAGUGCAGCAAAACCUCAUAUGAACGUAAUUGAACACCACGGAAUACCAUCUCAUAAUAUUGAAACUGAGAAUCAUAAACAUCAGCAUAUCAGACAUAAAGUUUCACCAACUAGUGAUAGCCACCCUUCUGAAAGGCACGACCCUUCAAAGUUUAAACAACAAGAGGCAGAACAUCCUCAUGGCAAAAGGGAUCCAACUGCAUUCAUUCCACCUGGAUUGAUACACUAUAAAUACAGUACAGCUGAUACAAUUAACCCACCUAACAAAACUGUAUAUGAUAAAUAUCAGAACAAUGUUCAGCCAGAGGCUCAAAAGGAAGACUUAGCUAAAGCAAAACAAAUUGCUGAAAUGCUCAAAAUGGAAGCAAGCGUCCAGGCUAGAACCUCUAAAACUCCAAUUCAUAGUCGAGUAUCAACUGGUAAACAUCCUAAUGACAACCUAGGGUAUUAUAACAGUGAACAUAGUGAUCGACCAAUCAGAUCAACGGAAUCCCCUCAUAGAAAGACUCAACGAAUGGAUCAACCAAUAAAACCAAACGAAUCUCCGAUCAGGCAAGUACCUGGUGUAAAACACCAAAGUGAAAGUUCGAGUGAUGGUUCAAAGAGAGAAUACCCCGAUUCAGAUGUUAAUCUCUCCGUAGCAAAAGCAGAUUCUGAUGUAUCAUCAAGUUUAUCCACCACAUCAAGUUCUGUUGAUCAGAAAGAGAGAAACUCUAGUAUAUUUGAAAUGUUUAACCUUCCAAAACAAAGCAUGUCGUCAUUGAGUGGUAAUCCGGAAAGGGACCUCCAGAAUUCAUUGUCACAAUUGCAAAUGAUGGCGGCUACAUUUAGCCAGACCACCACCACAACAGCGUCACUGCUAUAUCAAAAAAUGCAAGAAUUGCGCGUUCCCCAAAGAACUCUCCCAGCGAUGUAUACCUCAAGUAGAUCACCUCAAAAAGGAAACAUUGUCAAGGAAUGUCCUACAAUAGAUUCUACCUCGUCUUCAUUCAGAGAUCUAUCCUCAAAUGAACCAUCUAUUUACUUAGAUGGAAACGUUUCGUUGGCUAACGUCUCAAGCUCUACAUUGAACAGUAAACCUACAGCGCACCAAAGUGCACACUUAAAGGAGUCAACUUUACCAUAUGCUGUUCCAAGAACAUCUCACGGUACAUCACUAAGCCCCAAUAGUCAUCAGUCAUCGAUGUUGCUGAAGGUAAAAGAACCCGUACCAUACAAUGCAGCCUCAUCCAUCCCAUCAUCCUCCACUACUUCUAGUACAUCACCUGAUACCUCCCUUGGGUCUCCUACCCAAGUGUCUUGUGUGACAUCAGCACAGACGCAGCCUCAACCUGGGAAAGUCAGAGUAAACAUACCAAGUCUUGUGUCAUCAAUGGAAAGAGUACACUCAAAGCUGGUUUCUAGAUAUUUACAUGAUGAUGAUAAGCAAAAUGAGAAUUCUAAUAAUAGUGAUAAAGAUGAGCCUCAGUCAUUUCAAGAGGCGCUGGUAAGAUCUGUUGUUAAUGAGGAUGUUCUGGUAGAACAAGGGAUUUUAAGUCCAUCUGAUAAACAAAAAUUAUUAACAGAUAGGCCUGGCAUUAAUGAGCAUUCCCUUGUGAAAGAUAGGGCAUCAGAACAGAGUAACAUACUACAAACUGUACCAUCUCCAGGUCUUAAUAAAACAUCUAUAGAUGAUGAAGGUGAGCAUGAACACACUACAGUGGUUAAGCAAAGCGAUAACAGCCCUGAGUUUCCACCAGAUACUGGUGUAAAGAAAAAUACAAUAUCAGCAUCAAAUGAUACAAAAUCAUCAUCAAAUACUAAUGAUACAAAAUUAUGUUCAAAUAAUACAAAAUCAAUAGAUAUUGAUCUUGACUCUGCUAAUGCCAACAGUUUGAGUGGAGAUAACCAUAAAGCUGAACAAAACAAGAAUGCGCCCAAUGGUGAUUUAAUCGAGGAUAGAUCUAAAAAAGCAUGUACUAAUAGCGUCUGUAGUAUUAACUAUCCUAAUGAUACUAUUGAACGAACAAAAAAUGAUAUUAAAAUCAAUGAUGAUCUCGUUGCACCAGUUUCUGAUGUGAAGCCAACAAUGUCAGUCGUCCAAAAAGAUACAAUCAAUAGUAAGAAGCCAUCUAUGAAGUUACGCUUGGAUUCACCGCCAACUCUUCAGUUAAGUGAUUUCAGUACAGAUCUCUCUCCACAGUUAUCGCCUGUAAUGCCAAUUCUAAGUCCUCUCGAUGCACCUGUUGGUACGAACAUCUUUAUCAAAGUUACAGACACUAAACUUAUUGAUAAUGAACCAAGAGGGGAAGCAAUAGAAAAUCCUCCUAAAGGUGUAACUAACUUAUCCGCAUUUAUGUGUACUUCAAAGCGGGCAAAUACCCCACCGCCAAUGUAUAGUGGGCCCCCAAAAUCACCGAGAUCUCCAAGAAACUCAUCCCCCUCGCGAGGAGAUGUAUACAGUGCAACUAGUAUCGUGCAACAUGUGGACGUCUCAAAAAAGGAUGACAAGUCAAAGAGAUCAUCACAGAAAAAAGGCCAGAAACAAAUGAUACAUCUCUCCCCAAGGGAUAUGAAGGAGGUCGCUCAGUACAAAACCUCACUGCGAAUUCCAGCUCAGCUUAUACAAGGCAAAACCAGAUGCAAGAAGGUAGCGUCGAAGAAAGCGCUUAAGUUUGAAAAAGUUGUUGAUAAGAAAGGUAAGACAACUGAAGAUGAGGUAAAUAAACAUGAUGCAGACACUAAACGAGAUGGUGAAUCAAAGGAACACAAAAAACGCUCAAGAAGAACAAAACUAGUGGAUCGACCAAAGAUUGACACUACAGAAUUUUCAAUAAAAUUUGCAAAGACAUUUGGAAAAGAUUCACAAAAAUUCCUUGACAAAAUCAGCGAAAAACUGAAACCAAGGUUGAUUGAACCAAGUACGCCUCCAAAAAGCACGAGCACGGCUAAUGCGAUGACGUCACCUUCAAGUACAUCUAAGCUCAGCGAAACUAGCAUGGAAGACCUAGAGAACUCAAUCACAGUUGGGCCUUCGUAUAUGCAAGGGAAGGGCGAUGCAUCAAGUAUAAAACCCCAAGAGCAAGUGAAGAACACAGUAGAUUCAUUAUCAAGUUCGUGGCCUUUGAAAUCAUCUGUCUCCAAAGAGGAAUUGAAGCUCAGUUCGAGCACUAACUCUCCGGGUGCAGAACGUAAUAUAUGGUCAUCAAUCCGGGUUCAAAAUAGAUCUCGACCACCUGGUAAAAAAUACGACAAGAGUAAGUAUAAACUGAAUAUGAAGCUCGACCAAGAAAAACGUUUUUCGAAAUGGGAACCACAAUCUGUACAAAAACCAGCUCCAAAUGAACACAGGAACAACACACAACCAGAGACUGAAGAAACCAACAUUAAUGACGGAUUUAAGGAUAAAUCUAACGAGUCAUCUAAACCAGGAAUGAGUAUUCCAACUUCAAGACCAGCAAAAUCGAAAUCUCCGAGGAGGCUUAAGGGAAUGUCACCAUUAAUGAGAAAUGUGAUGCAAAUGAGAAAAGAUCUCCAGAGACAAAUGUCCCCUCAGAGAUUUAGGUCCCUAAGAGAACAAUCAGGAAAUAAAUCUCCCAGGGGAGCUGGGAGUAUCUCCAAAGAAGAUCCAACCAAACCGAUUACAGGAGAUGAUACAGCAGCUGUGGAACCAUCUGGGGAUACAUCUGUAGAUGCUGAUGAUCAACCAGACGAAGAUGGAAAUACAAGAGCAAGUUAUGACAGUUCAAAUCAUUCCAAACGAAAACAACUCUCUUUGGAUUUAUCUGCGAUUGGCAGAAAAUUCAAAUCCGACAAAUUUAAAAUACCUGAAUUCUCACCAAGUGAAGGUUCGGGGAUUUCCCCCAAAUCCAAGGGGUUCAGUUUAAGAUCCCCAAAAGAUCAGCAGUCACGGCUUUCUCCAAGGUCUCCAAUGUUAUCUCCUAGAUCUCCAAGAAUCUCCCCGAGAUCACCACUCCUUUCUCCGCGAUCUCCAAGGAGAUUAAUAUCAAGUACAAAACCAGGAACUCCGCUGUCUCCUUCAAGACUAUCGCCAAGGUCUCCCAAACUAUCACCCAGAUCUCCAAAAUUGUCCCCUCGCUCCCCAAAGUCACGAUCUCCAAGAUUCAGAAGAGCGCGAGCAAAGAGAAUGUUGAACGAGCUGAGGAAUUCAGCAGGCUUCGUGCCUGAGACGAAAAGACGGAGGAGGUCAACUGCCGAAAGCCUGUUUGCAGAUCCAUCGGAACUUGAUAGGGAACAACGCUGGUUACAGCGGGCAAUGAUGCAGUUUUCUGAGCUUGAGUCAGUCCCACACAGUGAUAAUGACUCAGAUGGCGCUGCGCACAUUGUACAAGAUGACCACACAACUAAUGAAACCCACGAAGAAGCCGUUGUUGAUAAUGGCAACAUUCUGACAAUUGCUCCAAGGAAACGAGGGCGUCCAUUUUCGAACACUAGUAAAAAGGCUGCUGAGAUUAGGAAGAAGGCUGUGCUACAUUCCAGGAAUGCAGAUGCUAAAGCAAUCCAUGAUAAAAGGUUACAGAAUGGAGGCAGUGGAGAAAAGCAUAAUGAUGCCUCACCAAAUACAGGUCAGAAAAGACGCAGGUCUUCCAGUAGCUAUCACAAAGACAGCGCCUAUGAGACCUCGUUGGAAAAAGAACAGAACAAACUAGAGACACUACGCAGACAGCGGAAUGAACGUAAACUAGAAAACCUAACUGAGCCACUCUCGAUAUCACCACCAAAAGCUCUGACAUCUCCGAGCCUCAAAUCACCCAAAAGGUCACCAGGGCGUAAGAAGGGAUCGUCUAAAACUCGUAUUGCAGAUCUGACGGGGCGACUGAGGUUACAUUUAGAUAAGAGGCCUGUGUAUUUGAAAAGUCUUCAAUUGAAAGAGAAAGCGUCUUCUCAGUCAAUUGAUGAGAUAAUUGAGAAAGUGUCGUCUGUACAAACACAGGAAGAACAGGAUGCACCUAGUGAACCCCAACCAUCAACUUCAAAACAGGAUCAAAACGUCAGCUCAGAUCACUAUGGUAACUUGGGAGAACAUAGCAACUCUGGUCAACAUGGUAAUAUUGGACACCAUAGUAACCUGGGGAAACACAACAACCCUGAACAACAAGUCAUCCCAGAGCGUGGAUUUAGUAGUUCAGAUCAACAAAUUCCAAUUCCUGCUAGAUUGAAGCAGAUAAAUGUGAAUUCCAGUUGGGGUGAAACUGUUCUUCAUAAAGCAGCCAGACUUGGGCAUGAGGAUGUUACAUUGUACUGUUUGAAAACUGCAUACCAAGAUGUGAAUGCUAGGGACAACGCUGGGUAUACUCCUCUACACGAAUGCUGCGUCGCUGGACAGCUUACCAUCGCAAAAUACCUCAUAGCUUACGGUGCCAAUGUUAAUGUCAGCUCCCAGGAUGGCAUAAGACCCAUACAUGAUGCGGUCGAGAAUGACAUGAUUGAAAUUGUGAGGUUGCUGCUAUCGUGUGGUGCAGAUCCGACUCUAUCAACAUACAGUGGUAGGACUCCUCAGAAGAUCGCUAAAACAAAGAAAAUGAAAGAUUUCCUGAAAGGAUAUUUUGCAGACUUGAAUGGAUGUGAUAAAUCUGACAAGUCAAUCCAUUGGCAUUUUAAGUAUACAAAGACAGAUAAACACCUUUCUGGUUUUGAUAUAUUUGAUGAUGUACCAAGUGAUCCAGAGGAGGCUGAGAACCCAUUUGAGGAAGAGGGAGGAAUGUUGUUUGAUUUCUUUGACAAACCUCACAUCCCAUCAUAUUCUUUGAAACUUCCAGAUCAGGGACUUGGAAAUUAUAUUCUACUUGAGGAACUGAUCAAACAGCUUCAAUUGACCAAUGAGAGCUUUAGGAAGACAUACCCGGAUGUAAGCAUAUACACCAUGUCAUUGGACGAGAUGAGCCAACGAACAAAACAUUCCCCAAUUAUGACAAAGCAGUUGAAAGAUAUACCCAAACAAAAGUUCAAUUUGGAAUUGGUAAGGUUAGACGCUCGAGUGAAUGAUAUAUUAGGAGUUACAACUGAGAGUGUGUAUGAACUGAAACCGUAUGUUCCACCAUUGAAGGUUGAAAUCAAACCUGAAGUAAAAUCUGAAGUUUUCAAUUCAGAUGAGCAUGGAACCCAAGAAGAAUCAAAUAAUGUCCCUGAGAAGGUUGCUAUCAAGACAGAAGUCUCAGAAGAUGGCUAUGCAUCAGACAGAACCGAAAUAUACGAGAAUGACUUAUUAGUUGCAAAUGGAGGCCAACUUGGAUCUUCUGGAAGAGAAUGUCAAAAAGAAAAACAAAAUGGCGUCCAUGAUUCUGAUUAUGAUGUUUCCGAGCAAGAAAUAUCUCUGGACAGUGACAGUGAUCAUGAUGGUGAACAAAGCUCGAAUAAAGUGAACAAGAGCUCAGACUCGCUAAUUUUGGACAGUGAAACAGGCGUCCUUCUACCAGAUGAACAACCUAUUGAACUUUCCUCGAGUUCACAAGUAUAUGGAAAGGAAACUGAUCCUAAUAACCAUAUACAUCACAGAAGCAAUAAACCUAUGUUGCCAGGCAACGUACGUCAGACUGGCGACCAUAAAAACAUUGUUGUUAGUGAAUAUGAAUUUAAGGACACUUCUAAAAAGAAUGGAACCAAUAACUUAUGUGAUACAUCCAGCAAAAGAUUUGGGUUUGAUUACACUAAUUCCCCUCAUCCAAGAACUCAUAAAAACACAAACGUCCAUGAUUCACAGUUACCCCAAUCACACAAAUACGGCAAUGCGGAAGCUCUACCCCAUUUACCCCAAUCUCAUGGAAUCAGCAAUGUAAGCAAAUCAGAUGUUUCAUCUAAAUAUAACAUUCCAAUGACUCAACAAUCAGUGUCAAACAAUAUGACUGAAGUAGUAAAACAUCCUUCAAAACAUCAAGAUGAACCAUUAGACUUUACAAAAACAAAUAGCAAAAUAUCUGAGAAAACUAAAAAUAUAGAUAGGCCUCCUAUAGAUCUACAUCAACCAGGAAUACAGAGUGGGAUACCAUUUGGUAAUACGAGUAGUAUAACCACAGGAACUCGUAACACCAAUCAAGAUAUGAAUGUGACAGGAUAUAUGAAUGCUUUUGUAGCAUCUACUGCCCAAAGAUCCAGCGCCAAUGCAUCAUUGUAUCACAAUCAAAACCAACAAGUUGGUAACCAUAGUAACCAGAUUCAACAACACCAGGAACGUUAUAAGCAAUCUGAACCAUUGCAAAGUCAGUCCCAUCAUCUUGGUGGUCUCUCGGCUCAUGCUCAUGCCUUUCCAAAGGAGGAUGUCCCUCGCUCUGUUAAAAUGAUGAUGAAGCAGUAUCAGCAUUAUAAAGAUCACCAACAGACUUUGCGAACUAAUGACUAUCUGAAACAACACCUACAGAACAAAGAACGCCAGGCUCAAUUAACUGAAGCCCAUGAAGCAAAACGUAACACCGAGUUACAGAAACAGAAAGAACAAUACAUGGAUAGGACAAAACAGGUGCUAGCAUUACAGAGACAGAAGGAAAUUCUACAAAGGAGAGUACAUCAUACUGAGAUGGUAAAACAGGAAAGCUUGGCUACUGAGAGGAAACUUCAGGCUGAGUUUGCGAGAAACACAAGCAUCCAUCAUGCAGCUUCGAUAGCGUCUCAUCAGAGCCCUGUGUCGUACCAUUCAAACUUACCAGUGGAGUCUCAUCAUUCACAACUGGCGUCCAUGGCGUCCAGGCGCCAGUCACCCAUGGGGCAUUCACAUCCCUCUUCACCCCUAGGAUCGUAUGGAAAACCCUAUCCCCAUUCACCUAUGGGUUCUAUGCAUCAAGGGACACUACGACCUGGUCACUCCCAGUCGCCAUUGGGUUCUCUACGACCAAAGUCUCCCAUAGUACCCGCCCAUGCACAGUCCACGCUGGGUUCCAUACACGCAAUGUCUCCUAUGGGCCCAGCUCAUUCACAGUCCCCACUGGAUUCAAUUCAUAGACAUUCCCCAAUGGGAUCUUCAUUUGUACCGUCCCCACUUACCUCACAUCAUAGACAUUCACCUAUGAGUGCACUAUCAUCUCAUACUGCUCCAGUCCGAUGGCCUCAUGGAAAUCAAGCUUUAGGAAUGCAGAAUUCAACUCCCGAUCGCUCUCCACACGUGUUACCACGCAUGCCAACUCUCUUACACGUGCCAUCUCCAGAUCUAACUCUUGCUGGAGGGAGUAUGCAUGAACUACAUGCCCAAGCAGGACGUGAUUCGGGACCACAAACUAUGCCUAAACUUGAACUCUCACAUCUGACUCAAGGUCCUUAUCGUGCUACCCCUACCUCUCAAAGUCCAUUUACCCCACAAUAUGGCAGCCAUAGAGGCUCACCAUCGGGGGCUCAUAGAUACCCUGAAGGUCAAGCUGGUAGUCAAGGCAACAGUAGCUAUGCUUCAUAUGGAUCCAUGGGGCGUCCAACGUAUCAUCAAGGACAUACGCCCGAAAGUGAUACCCAGGGCAAAAGAUAUACUUAUCUCUAG